CCCAUCACACUCCUCCUGUUACUGACCUCCUCCUUGCCAUGCUCCAUCUCUACAGGACCUACCGACGUGUCAAACCUGCGUCUCCCCUCCUCCAUAAUGCCCCUCCAACCAGAACCACAGGAAUGGAGUGCUGGGCAACGGUAUCGCAGCUACCUAAACGACCCUCAAGCCCACCUGGUGCCCACGUAUCCCGCCUGUCCUGAGUCUCCAGUACCGGACCCCCAAAAGCCCAGAGUCCAGCCCAUCAAGUCAAGCCCAGCGGUCCAGCGCAGGUCCAGCCAGCCAUUCACGGUUCAAGCGCCAGCUCUCAUCUCUCUCUCUCCCUUGCUCAAGAUUACUCGAGAGGAGCAAAGGUCCCCCUAAAGAACAAAUCACAAGACCACGUCCAGAAGUAUCCUGGGGCUCUAGCGUGGCAAAAAAAAAAAAAAAA